CAGAGAAGAGUCUCUCCAGAUCAGAACACCAGAUGGACAACGCUAGCCCUUCCGCCCUCCCAGAGUCCCCGUGUCGUACCUCUCCCAGUAGCACCUUACUGCUGGGUCUGAAGAGGUUGUCUGUGCGGCUGGUGGACUGCAGGAAAACAACGGGGCUGAGUGGAACUGUGAGAGGAGGAGAAGAGAAGAAAGGAGCAGAUUUGACUCAUCAAAGAGAAAAACCAAAGUCGGAGGAACCAGAGACGUCCAAACCAGCAAGACGACACCUCUGCUCCCACUGUGGAAAGAGUUUUAUCCGGUUAGACGACCUGAAAAGACAUGAGAGGGCACACACAGGAGGGAAGCCACACCAUUGCGCCCAGUGUGAAAAGAGUUUUAACCGGUUAGACACCCUGAAAAUACAUGAGAGGACACACACAGGGGAGACGCCUUUCCAUUGCUCCCAGUGUGGAAAGAGUUUUAUCCGGUCAGGGCACCUGAAAGAACACAUGAGAACGCACACAGGGGAGAAGUCUUACCACUGCUUGCAGUGUGGAAAGAGUUUUAGCCGUUUAGGAAGCCUGAAAGCUCAUGAGCGAAUCCACACAGGGGAUAAGCCUUACCACUGCUCCCAGUGUGGAAAGACCUUUAACUACUUAGGAAACAUGAAAGCUCAUGAGCGAAUACACACAAUGGAGAACCCUUACCAGUGCUCAUAUUGUGGAAAGAGUUUUAACUGGUUAGAAUCCCUGAGAAGACAUGAGAGGGCACACACAGGAGCGAAGCCACACCAUUGCGCCCAGUGUGGAAAGAGUUUCAACCGGUUAGAUACCCUGAAAAUACAUGAGAAGGCACACACAAGGGAGAAGACUUUCCAUUGCUCCCAUUGUGGAAAGAGUUUUAUCCGGUUAGACAACCUGAAAAUACAUGAGAGGGCACACACAGGGGAGAAGCCUUAUCACUGCUCGCAUUGUGGAGAGAGUUUUAUCCGGUUGGACAACCUGAAAAGUCAUGAGAGGGCACACACAGGGGAGAAGCCUUACCACUGCUUGCAGUGUGGAAAUAGUUUUAGCAGUUUAGGGAGCCUGAAAGGUCAUGAGCGAAUCCACACAGGGGAGAAGCCUCACCACUGCUCCCAUUGUGGAAAGAGCUUUUGCAGUUUAGGAAGCCUGAAAGGUCACGAGCGAAUCCACACAGGGGAGAAGCCUUACCACUGCUCCCAUUGUGGAAAGAGUUUUAACUGGUUAGGCAACCUGAAAAGUCAUGAGAGGGCACACACAAGGGAGAAGUCUUACCACUGCUCGCAGUGUGGAGAGAGUUUUAACCUGUUAAGAAAGCUGAAAGAACACAUGAGAAUGCACACAGGGGAGAAGCCUUACAAAUGUUCAGACUGUGGGAAGACAUAUUACUCAUCACGGUCACUUAAAAGUCACGUGAGAAUCCACACAGGAGAGUAGAAUUACUUAUCUUAGUGUGUGAAUUGAUAUUUCACAUCACAUUGACCUAAUUACUUCUCCUAGUGUGUAAAUUGAUAUUUCACAUCACAUUGACUUAAAGUUCAUCAGAGAACAUACACAGUGCUCCCAUUGCCGUAUAUUGUUGACUAAGAAUGUGUUUACUUGUUUAUACUAUAUGAAAUUGAAUUGUACAAAGUAUACUUACAUGUUUUUGUUAGAAAACAUGAAUUGAAUUUGGAGUAUGUCUGUUUGAAUACAGAGUAGAUCAGAUUCCAUGUGUUUAAAUUGUCCUUUUUUUAAACUCUGACUGUGUGUGUGUUUAUCUGGGUGUGUCAUUCCUCCAGCUCUACAGAUAAUCAAAUUAUAUUUGGAUGUGAUGCAUUUGCUCCAUUGUUUAAAUGUGCAUUGUUGGCCCACUGAUGAUUUAAUUAAAUAAAUGUUACCUGACUCUGUAAUGGAACAUUUUAAUUGCAUGUGUCCACAUAACUGAGUAUGUGACUAACCUUGUGAAACUGUCCUAUUAUAAUCUUCUGUUCUUGUGAGUAUCAUCCUGUGUUAAAAACCAGCUUGCACCUGCUUCCUUGUAUAAAUAAAGUCCCGUCCAGGAACAGGAAAUAUAAAGAUAUGUGCUCAUCACCCAAUGCUUUGGAAUUCAUACUG